AUGGAGAUCCUUCAAGUUUUGGUUGAUCUCGCUCCUUACAGUAUCGCAUUUUUCAUAUGUUUUUUCAAUAUCAUUGGACAUUUUGGUAAUAUUAAUUUAGUUGUAAUAACAAUUCGAACGAAACAUUUGCAAACGAAACAUGGUCUGAACAUUUUAAAAAUAUUUUUCCAAGAAAACAAAAUCAGUUUUUAAUUUAUUAGGUAUACUUUUAUCAGUUGUUUGCACAGAACAUUCUUUGUGUCUUUUGGGUGAAUUUAUUCAAGCAAUAUCUGGAUUUAUCCCAUUUAAAAUUUCUCGAAAAACAUGUUUAGCUUUUAUGACUCCUUAUAUUUCAAUUAAUUGCUGUCAAUCGAUGAUGUUUCUUAUGAUUUCACUUGAUAUUCUAAUUUCUAUUUUAUUUCCGAUGAAGUGAGUUCUCAAUGCAAUAUCUUCAAAUUAUUUCAAUAAAACAGUUUUCUUCCCACAGGUAUGCAAAAUUUCCAACUCUAAAAUAUUGCUCAAUAAUGUCUAUAAUUCCAACUUGUUUUUCAUUCAUCGUGAUUAGUUUUUCAUGGACCAAUUUAUCUGAAGAGCAGAUAUUUCUAUGUAAUCCACCAUUGGCUUUGGGUGAAAAUGGAACACGUGUUUGGGGAGGAGGGGUAAGAUAAAUAAUGAAAGUAGAUAUCAAAAAUCGAGUACCUUUUUUUUCAAAUUUGAGGAGCAUAACACGAACAAAUAGAACACCGACCGGCACUUUUUUUAAGUUCCAAACAACAAAAACAUUUUUAUUGAAAAUUAAAAGUAAUCCUUGUUCCUUCAUUUUUCCCACUUUUUUUUAGCUCUAACAAAAAUGUGACCUAGUCACGUGGUGUCUUUUGAAAACAAACAGAUAUUUAACUGAACAAAAAUCAAGUUCCAAUAACGUCAGAGAACAAUUCUAGGUGCUUAUUAUCAACAUCACAACAUUAAUUAUUUAUGGAUAUAUUUAUUGUCGAAUUUAUUGCAAUCAGAAAAGUUUGAAAUUUGUCUACAAAUAUCGCCUAUUUUCAUUGUUUUUUCCAGAAAAUUCAAUGAAAAAUAGUGCUGAAAAACGGGUGAUGAAAUCCUUAUCAAUUCUUGUCAUUGUUUUUUGUUGUUCAUGGGUCAUUUGUAUGGGAAGUGUGUUUUUUGUGAACUUUAUCACUGAAAAUCAGUUGAUCAUCAUACUUGUUCAAAGUUAUGUGGUAUGUGAGACGAUAUGAGUUGACAACAAGGAAAAGAAAAUGAUUCAGGUGUUAUUUGCGUUGAUUGCAUUUUCACAAACUUUUUAUGUGUGCUAUUUUCGUUCAAAAAUGUAUCGUCGAGAAUUUCAAAAUCAGAUGCCAUGUUUCAAAAAACAACAAAUUCCAAGGCUCGAAAUGUUCACAGCUUCAAAAACUUGUGUUAUAUAA